AUGUACGGCACUUCCACCGGCCCACAGACGGGCAUCAACACCCCCCGCUCCUCGCAAUCUCUUCGACCACUCUUCCUCUCCCAUGGCUCCCUCGAGUUUUCCUUCCUCGUCCCGACCUCUCUUCAUUUCCAUGCUUCACAGCUGAAGGAUGCAUUCUCAGCAUCUCUUCCCGAACCCACAGAUGAACUGGCUCAAGACGACGAGCCGUCGUCAGUCCCCGAACUCGUUGCUCGAUAUCUAGGCUUUGUCGCACGGCAGGUCGAGGAGGGAGAGGACGAUGCGCAGGGUUCAUAUCUGGAGCUACUCAAGCUCGCCCUCAAUGAGUUUGAGCGAGCUUUCAUGCGCGGAAAUGAUGUGCACGCCGUUGCAGGCGCCUUACCAGGCAUCACCUCCAAGAAAUUGCUGGUGGUAGAAGCCUACUAUGCCGCUCGUGCAUCAGCCGACAGACCGACCAAACCGCACGAUUCGGCGUUGCUCCGGGCUGCUACUGAUGGCAACGCAAAGCUCUACAGUGUGUACGGGGGACAAGGCAAUAUUGAAGAGUAUUUUGACGAACUUCGAGAGAUUUAUUUCACCUAUCCAUCGUUUGUGGAAGAUUUGAUCUCUUCAUGCGCGGAGCUGCUUCAAUCGUUGGCUCGCGAUCCCGAUGCAAUCAAACAAUACUCCAAAGGACUGGACAUUCUACGAUGGCUUCACGACCGUGACUCCCAGCCAGACACCGACUACCUCGUUUCAGCCCCUGUCAGUCUUCCAUUGAUCGGCCUCGUCCAACUCGCUCAUUACACCGCCACCUGCAAGGCAAUGGGUAGACAACCGGGCGACAUUUUAGACCGUUUCAGUGGUACCACGGGCCACUCCCAAGGAAUCGUUACGGCAGCAGUAAUCGCAACCGCCACAACCUGGGAAUCCUUUGGAAAGGCCGCCAAAACUGCAUUAACAAUGCUCUUUUGGAUUGGGCUGCGAAGCCAGCAAGCCUAUCCACGGACGUCGCUAGCUCCCUCUACUCUUCAAGAUUCGAUUGAGAACGGUGAAGGCGUCCCAACACCCAUGCUCUCAAUUCGUGACUUGCCCCGCGCCGCCGUCCAAGAGCACAUCGACGCGACAAACCAGCAUCUGCCGAAAGACCGCCAUAUUGCCAUCUCGUUGGUAAACAGCGCUCGGAAUUUUGUCGUCACCGGUCCACCCAUUUCUUUGUACGGCCUGAAUCUACGACUUCGCAAAGUCAAAGCCCCAACCGGUCUAGAUCAGAACCGUGUGCCUUACACGCAACGGAAAGUGCGCUUUGUGAACAGAUUUUUGCCAAUUACAGCUCCGUUCCAUAGCAAAUAUCUCACUUCUGCUUUUGACCUAAUUAAGGAGGAUCUCGAGGACAUUCGCAUCCCAGCCACUUCGCUUCGUAUCCCUGUUUAUGACACCAAUACCGGACUAGACUUGCGCGCAAGCGGCGAGAAGGAUAUUGUUCCCGCCUUGGUUCGCAUGAUUACGAGCGAUCCGGUGAACUGGGAAAAUGCCACCGUCUUCGAUAAGGCCACUCAUAUUAUUGAUUUCGGCCCUGGUGGGAUUUCCGGACUCGGAGUCUUGACUAACCGCAACAAAGAUGGCAGUGGAGUUCGAGUUAUCCUUGCUGGCUCUAUGGAUGGAACGAAUGCCGAAGUUGGCUAUAAGCCUGAACUCUUCGAUCGCGACGAGGAGCAUGCAGUCAAAUACGCAGUAAACUGGGUGAAAGAGUUCGGUCCUCGUUUGGUCAAGACCUCUGUUGGCCAAACGUUUGUCGACACAAAAAUGAGCAGAUUGCUUGGCGUUCCCCCAGUCAUGGUCGCUGGUAUGACACCAUCUACGGUACCAUGGGAUUUCGUUGCUGCCACGAUGAAUGCUGGCUAUCAGGUCGAGCUUGCUGGAGGCGGUUAUUACAACGCCAAAACUAUGACGGAGGCUCUGCACAAAAUUGAGAAAGCCAUUCCUCCCGGCCGAGGCAUCACUGUCAACUUGAUUUAUGUCAACCCUCGUGCCAUGGCAUGGCAGAUUCCCCUGCUUGGAAAGCUCCGUGCCGAUGGAGUCCCCAUUGAAGGUCUUACGAUUGGUGCAGGUGUUCCGUCUAUCGAAGUCGCAAACGAGUAUAUUGAAACCCUUGGUAUCAAACACAUUGCCUUCAAACCUGGAUCCUUGGAAGCUAUUCAGCAAGUCAUCAAUAUUGCCAAAGCAAACCCAACCUUCCCAGUGAUGCUGCAGUGGACAGGUGGCCGUGGAGGUGGUCAUCACUCCUUUGAGGAUUUCCAUCAGCCAAUUCUACAAAUGUACAGCCGUAUUCGACGAUGCGACAACAUAGUUUUGGUGGCUGGUAGCGGUUUUGGUGGCGCUGAAGAUACCUAUCCAUAUUUGACCGGUACAUGGUCUAGGCAAUUCGGCUAUCCUCCCAUGCCCUUCGAUGGAUGCAUGUUUGGCAGUCGCUUAAUGACUGCGAAGGAAGCACAUACCUCUAAGGCGGCAAAGGAGGCAAUUGCUGCUGCUCCAGGUGUCGAUGACAGCCAGUGGGAGAAAACUUAUGAUGGUCCGGCCGGUGGAGUCAUUACUGUUCGCUCUGAGAUGGGCGAGCCAAUACACAAGCUCGCAACCCGAGGCGUUUUAUUCUGGGCCGAAAUGGACAAGAAGAUCUUUUCUCUCGAUAAAGCUAAACGUAUUCCGGAACUCAAGAAGCAGCGUGACUACAUUAUCAAAAAGCUGAAUGAUGACUUCCAGAAGGUGUGGUUCGGCCGCGACUCGAAUGGAAAUACCGUUGACCUUGAAGACAUGUCGUAUGCGGAGGUUGUCCACCGUAUGGUUGACCUGAUGUAUGUCAAGCACCAGUCACGAUGGAUCGAUGAUUCAUUGAAACGUCUUACCGGCGAUUUCAUUCGUCGUGUAGAAGAACGUUUCACUUCAGCCGAAGGACAAGCAUCACUGCUUCAGAAUUAUUCUCAGCUCGAUAAACCGUACCCUGCAGUGGAUGACAUUCUUAAAGCAUACCCCGAGGCCGCUUCUCAGCUCAUUAGCGCUCAAGACGUGCAACACUUUCUACUUCUCUGCCAACGACGAGGUCAAAAACCGGUUCCGUUCGUACCAUCUCUUGAUGAGAACUUUGAGUUCUGGUUUAAGAAAGAUUCCCUGUGGCAGUCGGAAGAUCUCGAGGCUGUUGUAGGUCAAGAUGUUGGGAGAGUUUGCAUUUUGCAAGGCCCAAUGGCUGUCAAAUAUUCCAACACUGUUGAUGAACCUGUUAAAGAUAUCCUUGAUGGUGUUCACGUAAACCAUAUCAAGGGCCUCAUCCAGGAUGUGUAUGAUGGCAAAGAAUCUAAUGUCCCCGUCGUUGAAUACUUUGGCGGGCGCUUGCUUCUCGAAAGCGAGGAUGACCGUGAUAUUGAUGGCUUGACCGUUGCCGAAGACUCAUCCAAAAUCUCUUACAGGUUAUCGUCAUCCCCGUCGGCGAACCUCCCCGAUCUUGAGCGUUGGCUACACCUCCUCGCCGGAAAAGCCUACUCCUGGAGGCACGCCUUCUUCACAGCUGAAGUGUUCAUCCAAGGGCAUCGUUUCCAAUCUAACCCAAUGAAACGACUUCUCGCUCCCACUCGUGGGUUAUACAUUGAGAUUGCUAAUCCCAAUCUGCCUCAAAGCACCGUUAUCAGUGUUAGAGAGCCCACUCAGUCUGGCAAAUCAGUGAAAACGGUGGAAGUACGAAUGACCGGCACAAACGAGAUUUCCCUGACGCUUUAUGAAGGCAGGACGGCUGAAGGCGCUGUUAUUCCCCUCGUAUUCCAGUUCACAUACCACCCUGAAACUGGCUAUGCUCCUAUUAGGGAGAUAAUGGAUGGACGCAACGAUCGUAUCAAAGAAUUCUACUACCGCAUUUGGUUCGCCGAAAAGACCGUUCCGUUUGAUACGCCUGCUACCAGCGUGUUUGACGGCGGAGUUAAGACUGUUGUUACCAAGGAUAUCGCUGAUUUCGUCCAUGCCGUUGGAAAUACCGGCGAAGCCUUCGUUGACCGACCGGGCAAAGAGGUGUUCGCCCCUAUGGACUUCGCGAUUGUUGUAGGAUGGAAAGCGAUCACCAAGCCCAUUUUCCCUCGCGUCAUUGAUGGUGAUCUUCUCAAAUUAGUCCACCUAUCGAAUGGGUUCCGAAUGGUGCCCGGCGCAGAACCACUCAAAGUUGGAGACGUCCUUGAAACUACUGCUCAAAUCAACGCGAUUAUCAACCAAGAUUCCGGUAAGAUGGUUGAGGUCUGCGGUACAAUCAAACGAGAUGGGCAGCCCGUCAUGCAUGUUACCAGUCAGUUCCUUUAUAGAGGUGUAUACACCGACUACGAGACGACCUUCCAGCGCAAAGAAGAGGUUCCCAUGCAAGUUCACCUAACAUCAACAAAAGAUGUCGCAGUGCUUCAAUCCAAAGAAUGGUUCCGCCUUGACGAUCCUGAUGUCGAACUCCUCGGUCAAACUCUCACUUUCCGUCUUCAAAGCACGGUACGAUUCCAGAACAAGACGGUUUUCCGAAGCGUGCAGACAAUGGGCCAGGUGCUUUUAGAGCUUCCAACAAAGGAAGUCAUCCAAGUGGCGUCUGUCGAAUACGAGGCCGGAACUUCUCAUGGAAAUCCAGUUAUUGAUUACUUGCAACGCCAUGGCGAAGCUAUCGAGCAGCCUAUCCAUUUUGAGAAUCCAAUCCCGCUCAGCGGCAAGACCCCCCUCGUUCUCAAGGCUCCCGCGUCGAACGAAACAUAUGCUCGUGUGUCCGGCGAUUACAACCCAAUCCACGUUUCUCGCGUCUUCUCUAGCUAUGCCAACUUACCUGGCACCAUUACUCACGGCAUGUAUACCAGUGCCGCCGUGCGAAGCUUGGUUGAAACGUGGGCGGCCGAAAAUAACAUUGGACGUGUUCGCAGCUUCCAUGCGUCGCUCGUUGGUAUGGUUCUUCCGAAUGACGAGCUCGUUGUUAAGCUUGAACACGUGGGUAUGAUCGCUGGACGAAAGAUUAUCAAGGUUGAAACCAGCAACCAGUCGACAGAAGAGAAAGUCUUGCUUGGUGAAGCUGAGGUUGAACAACCCGUUUCUGCUUACGUCUUCACUGGUCAAGGUUCGCAAGAGCAAGGUAUGGGCAUGGAUCUCUACAACUCCAGCCCUGUUGCAGCAGAGGUGUGGGAUCGUGCCGACAAGCAUUUCCUGGAGAAUUAUGGUUUCUCUAUUAUCAACAUCGUUAAAAACAACCCACGCGAAUUAACAAUUCACUUUGGUGGCCCACGAGGAAAAAAGAUUCGACAGAACUACAUGUCGAUGACGUUCGAAUCGGUUAACGCUGACGGUACGAUCAAAUCAGAGAAAAUUUUCAAGGAAGUGAAUGAACAAUCAACUUCCUAUACCUACAGAUCUCCAUCAGGUCUCCUCUCCGCUACCCAGUUCACGCAGCCUGCUCUAACCCUUAUGGAGAAAGCAAGUUUCGAAGACAUGCGGUCCAAGGGUCUAGUCCAGCGAGACAGUUCGUUCGCUGGACACUCUCUUGGCGAAUACUCGGCACUCGCUGCUCUUGCAGACGUAAUGCCGAUUGAAAGCUUGGUUUCUGUUGUCUUCUAUCGUGGAUUGACGAUGCAAGUGGCAGUCGAACGCGAUGAUCAAGGCAGAUCAAACUACUCCAUGUGCGCUGUUAACCCAAGUCGUAUCUCCCCAACUUUCAACGAGCAGGCUCUUCAAUAUGUCGUCGAGAAUAUUUCUGAGGAGUGCGGCUGGCUAUUGGAGAUUGUCAAUUACAACGUUGCUAAUAUGCAAUACGUUUGUGCCGGAGAUCUUCGAGCACUUGACUGCCUAACAAACGUGCUUAACGUUCUCAAAGCCCAGAAGAUUGACAUCCAGGCGCUAAUGAAGACUAUGUCUCUCGAAGACGUCAAGGCCCAUCUCGUCGAAAUUAUCAAAGAGUGCAGGAAAGUUACAGAGGCAAAGCCCAAGCCUAUUGCUUUAGAGCGUGGUUUCGCGACAAUCCCUCUAAGGGGUAUCGACGUUCCGUUCCACAGCACUUUCCUUCGCUCCGGCGUCAAGCCUUUCAGAUCCUUUUUGCUGAAGAAGAUCAACAAGUCGACCAUCGACCCAAGCAAGUUGAUCGGCAAAUACAUCCCUAACGUCACGGCACGUCCAUUCCAGAUUACAAAAGAAUAUUUUGAGGAUGUGUAUCGACUCACCAACUCUCCUCGUAUUGGACAUGUGCUGGCCAACUGGGAUAAAUAUGAGGAUCCCCUGGAUUCGAAGAAUUAA